AUGUACAAGUCGGAUACAUGUUCGACUGAAUCUGCCACAAAUGCUUCUUCCUCGCAACAUCCUGAAAUAGAAACAACUUAUACGUCAAGCGACACAUCAACGAGGGUCGUAAAGAAGAAGAAGAGUAGCACAAAGGCAUUAGUGAAGCGUCUACUAGGCGUUGUGGCUGAGUUAUCAUCUAAAGUAGAUCGUGUAUUACAUGAAAAAGAUGAGCCAAACAAACGGUUUGUAGAGGAGGAGGAGGAGGAGAUGAUAAAUGAAGAGGAUGAAGAACCAUAUUACCAUGAUACACAGUUCGACUAUGGUGGUUUGGAGGAGAAAGUUGCGCCUACACCUACGCAUGGUGAGCCGUCACAAGACGUGGGUGAACAUGACACAAAAAUAGUGACUCCUAUUGAUGCAAUCGACAGCAAAAUUGAAGAAAAUCAGCAAGACAAGGAAGAAAAAAAUAGAGGAGAGUCCUAA